AUGACUGCCUUAAACCGCACUGGGGUCAGCCACACCGUCUUCUACUUGCUGGGCAUCCCCGGCCUCGAGGACCAGCACCUGUGGAUUUCCAUCCCCUUCUUCAUUUCCUACGCCACCGCCCUGCUUGGGAACAGCCUGCUCAUCUUCAUCAUCCUCACGAGGCGCAGCCUGCAUGAACCCAUGUUCCUGUUCCUGUGCAUGCUGGCCGGGGCCGACCUGGUCCUGUCCACCUGCACAGUGCCUCAGGCCCUGGCCAUCUUCUGGUUCCGUGCUGGGGAGAUCUCCCUGGGUCGCUGCAUCACACAGGUGUUUUUCCUCUCUUCCACCUUCAUCUAUGAGUCAGGCACCCUGCUGGUGAUGGCGUUUGACCACUACGUUGCCAUAUGCCACCCUCUGAGAUACACCACUAUUCUGACACACACGCUGAUUGGGAAGAUUGGAGUAACUAUCUUUCUGAGAAGUUAUUGUACAGUUUUUCCUGUAAUAUUUCUUACGAAAAGACUGACUUUUUGUAAAAAUUACAUCCUCCCUAACACUGCUUGUAAGCACAUUGUCCUGGCGAAAAUUUCCUGUAACGAUAUCCGACUGAACAUUUGGUAUGGCUUUUUUGUCCUAAUGUCAACUUUGGUCUUAGAUGUUGUGCUAAUUUUUGUUUCAUAUAUGCUGAUUCUCCGUGCCGUCUUCCACAUGCCAUCCCGAGAUGCUCGUCACAAAGCUCUCAACACGUGUGGCUCCCAUGUCUGCGUCAUCAUCCUCUUUUAUGGACCCGGGAUCUUCUCAGUCCUCACGCAGCGGUUUGGACACCACAUCCCACUCCAUAUUCACGUUCUGCUGGCCAAUGUCUAUAUUCUCAUUCCACCUAUGUUAAAUCCCAUCAUUUAUGGGGUUAAGACCAAGCAGAUUUGGGACCUGCUGGUUCAUUUGCUCUUUCCAAGGCAAAGAUGA